CCAGGAGGAGGAGGAAAGUCCCACGGAGCCCCCAUCCAGCCACCGGCAAACGCGCCGCGCUUCGGAGCCGAUGGAGCGGCUGCUGUGGGCGCUGCUGUUGCUGCAGCCGCUGCUCCGCAACCAAGUUCUGUGCAGGGUCUCCUGCCCGAACGGCACCUUCAGCCCGGGGCCAGGCCAGUAUUGCCAGCAAUGCAGCGUCUGCGACAGAACUUUGGUGUACAAGCAGAAAUGUACCGAAACCACAGAUGCCGUUUGUGAAUGCGCGCGGGGCUAUUCAUGUGGGGAAAAGUGCGAGGCGUGUAAGUGUGCCCCCGGACAGCAAAGGACUUUCACAGGUUGUCAGGACUGUCCAGAGAAGACCUUUAAUGAUCAACCUACGGGCAAAUGCCGUCCAUGGACAAAAUGUCCAGGCGAUAGGAUUCGGGAAGCUGGGACCAAGAAGAGAGAUGUGAUUUGCUGGACAGCAAAACUCACCACCCAGCCCUUCACUUCCAUGUCUGUCUUGUCCACUAAGAUUUCAGAGGGGGGAGGCCAAGUGGUCCUCAUCAGCUCUGCCUUUGCCAUCACCAUCCUUCUGUUCGCCGUGUGCAUGGUGCUGGCCUAUCUCUUCCUCCGAUCCUGGAUCCGAAAGAAGCUCGUGAAACCUUUACAGGGCCAGUUGGCCCAGGAAGUUGACGACUGCAGCUACCGGUACCCCGAAGAAGAAGAAGGAGGAAGCUGUGAAGCGGUUUCCAGCCUCAAGGGGGUCCUUUUGGAAAAAUACGAUUCCCAAGCUAUAUAAGUCCGGGUCCAAGUGCCAAGAAGGGUUACCUUGAUCUGAGGAAGAGCCUCAAAGAUCCCCAAAGCAUUUGAGCACCUCUGCUUUUGAAAAACAUUCUUGCCACAUUCAGAAGAUGUCCUUUGAGCAAUUGAAGAACCACGACCAUCCUCUUUAAACCAGGUUUAUCCGUUUGUCUAAACGGAACUGGAAUAUCGCCCUGAUGGCCCUUGGUUUGAACUUAACAACAACAACAACAACACCACACCUUUAGAAUGAUUUGUGUGUGGAUGGCUGGAAGGCGAUGGGACAAGGGCGCCGGGGCAAAAGCCUCAUACAAAAAUAAAAUCAUGGCAUUGAAGGAAAGUGCUGCAAUCUUGUUAAGUUAAAUAGCAAAGGAAGGCCGGAAGUUCUUGAGAACCUGGUGGUCUUCCGUAGACUGACAUCCUCCAUUUCCAAGUGGUUUGUCCAGAACGACCUCCAGAAAGUCUAACAUCCAAAGCUAGUUUUUGUCAGCCUUGGCAGGGGGGGCGGCUUGUGGCUUCCAGCCUCUUUUCGAUGGCCUAUCAGUAGUCUAAGUACGAAACUCGGUUUUAUCGUAAUUAGUCAUCGCUUUCCCACAUACGAACGCCCUUCCUCCCAGCUGCUGCUUCUGUUCUUUUGAUUCAGAUAUCAAAAUGACUCAUAGCGCGACCGUUCCUUUACGUGAAUGAAUUUUGCUGGUGACGCCGAGUGGAAAUGUCUUGAGUUGAGUUGCGUUGGCUGCCUUCCGUCUCUGCCCCAACCCUGAUCGUCUUUUUGGCCAGCCAUGCUUUGAUCUUUCGUGGUUUGUGCGUACAGCAGCCCACCGCCGGUUAUGGUGCAAAGACGGGCACCUUGGACGAUAUUUCCAUAUUUAUACAUCACCCAGCCAGCUGUGCUUUCAACUUCUCAAGUUCUAAAAGCUUGUGAAGAAACCCCGAAUCACGCAAGGGAGAUGGGAGGCUACCUAAAAUUGAAAAAUAACAAGAAACAACACGACGAUGUGCUCCUUCAGUGCCGUCUUAAUAGAACCCGUUGAAUCAGCAAUGUUCCCCCCCCCAUGAAACUCAACCCCUGGAUGCUCUCCCAGUAACUGCAGUACAGGCAGUCCUCAACUUACGAUCACAAAACUGAGCCCCAAAUGUACGUUGUUAAGCGAGUUUGGCCCCAGUGUUACGACCUUCCUUGCCACAAGUUGUUAAGUGAGUCAAUGCAGUCGUUAAAUUAUUAACACGGUUGUUAAGUAAAUCUGGCUCCCCCCCACUGACUUUGCUCGUCAGACGGUCGCCAGAAGGGAUCGUCUGACCCCGGUGACCCCUGUAACCGUCAUAAAGUAGGAGUCCAUUUC